GUGGUGAGAAACAGUUUCCCCGUUUACUUGAGCCAUGCCCUUAAAGUCUUAUCAGUGGGAAGUUGCACAACAGAACAACAGCAGAAUCUAAUGACACUCUUUGCUCAGAACAGGACAUUGUCUCAGUUGGGACAGACAUCUGAUGGCUGAUCAGAUGUGAUAAAUCCGUAGGAAUAGCAGUGGGAGACUGACGAUGGGAAGCGCUCAGGCAAGCCAAAGAACCCCAGAGGAUUUCAGACAAACUAAUACUAAUGAAGACUUUCCACCGAGAGUGCAUGAGAAUGACACAGCAGUAGUGUUGGAUAACUACCCUCCUCCUGAUAUCUGCGAGCCCAUAUUUCGAAUGGGAGAGUGGCUGAAAAUAGUGUCUGAGGAAGGGUAUUGGUGGAAGGUCUACUCAGUCAAAACGAAGGAAGUGAACUACAUACCGCACUGUCAUGCCACAAAAGUCUACCAUGGCUGGCUGUUUGAAAGUGUGACCAGACCAAAAGCUGAGGAACUGCUUCGACUCCCAGGGAACCGAGUGGGGUCGUUCAUGAUUAGAGAGAGCACAAAAGGUAUGUACAGCUUAUCUGUACGCCACAGAACUAUUAAGCAUUAUCGGAUAGUUCGAAUGCCAAACAACUGGUACUUCAUCUCUCCACGCCUCACAUUUCAGUGUCUGGAAGAUCUGGUCAACCACUACUCUGAUAUAGCAGACGGCCUGUGCUGUGUUCUUACCGGCCCGUGCUUGGCCGUCUGUGAAACACACCUGAGUGAGCGCAUGAAAUCGACUGGGAGAAAAUUAUCCUUUGACUGGAGAGCAGUGAACAGCUCCGAGCUCAUCCCACAGAGUACAAGCCCUUCGGCGGUCAGCUAUGGGGUCCAGAACAGUGUCUCUUCCUACCUGUCUUUACUGGGAGAGCAGGAAAAGCCAGAGAGAAAGAAAUUUAGUUUGAAGAAGAAGAGGUGGAGGUCUAUCUACACACUGCCGAACCACCAGCUUGAAAAUUUGGCCACUGUGGAGGACAACUAUGAGGAGGUGCAUUGAUAGAUCACAGCUAAUUCAUUUGAGGAGCUCAAAAGCUGAUAUUUAAAGGCACUGUUGUUUGUGAAUCCUAAAGGGACUGAAUUUUUUGUCAGAGAAACAUUUGGAAUACUUCAAAUAUUUUCUUAAACACAUUUUUUAUUCAAGUUUAGGCUUACAAAUGAGUGUUUUAAGAUGCUUGUAUAACCAUGAUUCAUUAUUUUUGGACUAGAGUAGAUAGAUUUUACUGUAAAUG